AUGGCUAAUUUACCCAAUGCUGGAGCACCCGCUGGUUCCCCAUCAUCGGCGGACAAAAUCGUUCGUGCCCUGGUGGCUUACGCCAACCUCGACUCGACCCAGUCCCUCACAACCACCACAACCACCUCUUCUGACUCCAUCAUCGCCGCUUCUCCCACUGUUGCCACUGGCGCAGAAACAUCUGGCCCCACUGAUGACAACGCGGACGACGAUCAACUCUCGGACACCAGUACCACCUCCCUGAUUUCACUCUCUGAUCUCGAUAGCGUCGGCCACCUCACUGCCGCCAGUUCCGCCACUUUGGUUGCCGCUUCCCUGCACAAUGUCGCUCCCCUCACAACCGAUGGGCUCAAUACUGCAGCUCCUGCCGCCAAUGCUGCAGGAGCCCAAACGGCUGUCACCGCUGGAGCCACGUCUGUGGCAGCUGCUCCUGUCAUCGCUCCCACAGCUGUCAACGUGGCCCUUCCGCUCUAUGGCGUCCUCCCUGUGAAUGCCCCAGCCAAUGCCAUCUUGCCUCCCGCACACCUCCUUGCCUUGCCGUACAGAUAUCAUGUCCCAGCUGCAAAUGCCGAGGGCCCAUUCUACGUCGUCACUCGAGGCCACAACAUUGGUGUAUUCAAUGGCUGGUACGUGCUCGGUACUUCGAGUUCGGACCUUUUCGGGACAAAAGGUAUUGUUUUACGUGCGGACACAGUGUAG